UCAUGCAUAUCACUGAAUAGCACGCUUGUGAACAGUUAAAUAAGUGUUAAAUACAUAAUGUUUGGUUUUAGAGUAUGUCACAAAGUGAACUAGCUUAAACAGUCCUGUAAGUUUUAGUAAGUGCAGUGAAAUUUUUCUGUUCUUGUUGCAAAAUACACACUUCAAACGUCUCUGAGGUUUUUAGCAGUUUAUCAUUUCUUUUGUUUUCUAUUCCUUUUUUUCUAGGCUUUGGAGUUCCUGUUAUGUUCUUACUUUUAAAUCUUAUGAAAGCCAUAAAACAGGGUGUAAAGCUCUCUGGUGUUACACAACCAUCUGUAAAACAAUAAUGAUAUCAGCAUUGCUAGUUGCUAGUCCAUUACUCUCUGUUUAUGAUUUUAAUUGACAUGGUUGUGCACGAGAAGAUCUUUAAAGAAAUAAGCACAUCUAGCACAUUGCCAUUCAUAAUUCAUUUGCAUUUAUACUGCAUUCAAAUUUCAGACUGGAUCGAACAUCAGAACGGAGGAGCAAACACUGUUUAUCUGAAUUUGGGACUUGCACAGCACAAUUAUGGAAAGUCAAAGGAGCUCAAUUGGAGAUGAUUCUUCCAUUUUGCCCGAGCUGGACCGCUUGAUCAGACAGAGAGGUCGAGAUCUCCGGUUGCGUAAGCUUGACCAACAGAAAGCUGUGAAGAUAGUAAACAAUCUGAUCGACAGCCUGCUGGAAUUCCUGAAGAAUAAUGAAGAGCAUCCCUUCUUCAGAGAGGUCUCAGUUCUCACCAGUGGCAGCUAUUAUGAGAUGGUGAAGAUCAACAAGCCCAAUGAGUUUGACAUUAUGCUGAAACUCAAAGUCCCAAGGCUUGUGUUGUCAGAACUGGAAGAAUAUCAAGGACUGUUUUAUAAGAUAAAGCUUUACAAAUCCACACGAACUGAAAUCCAGCACUUUCUUCUGGAAGAUGGACUAACCGUCUCAGCCACCAAAAUCAAAGCAGAAAUGCAGCGCUUGGUCCGCAAAUUCAUUACCAGCCAUUUUCAAGGUGAAGGUUGGGUGAUACAGAGAAAUCUAGUAAAUUCGCCGGCGGUGACCCUUGAAUUUAAGCCGAAAGAGAAAGACGAUGAAGUGAUGUCUGUAGAUAUCGUACCUACUCUUGAGGUACCACAAGGUUGGCCACAAGCAGCACGGGCAGGUCCCAACAUAGACAGAUGGCUUGGAAAGAAAUGUCGUCGCCAGUUUGUGAGUAAGGCUGUGUAUUUUGUCCCAAAGAGACCAAAAGGAAGAAACCUCAAAGAUGAUGCCAAAGAGAGCUGGCGAAUAUCCUUCUCUCACAUUGAAAAGGAAAUGAUGCAGUUUCAUGGCAAUAAGAGGACAUGCUGUGAGGGACAUUCCAAUAAGUGUUGUCGAAAAGUUUGCUUGCGGCUUCUGAAGUGUCUGAUUGAGGGGCUGAAGCAGAAGUAUCCCAAAGAGCUUGAGCCUCUGUGUUCCUACCAUGGGAAAACAGCCUUCUUCCACGUCCUUUCAGACAGAGUGCAGGAUUCCCUUUGGUCACCAGGCCAGCUAUCCGUCUCCUUCAUGAAGGUCCUUGGAUACUUUGAGCGAUGUGCACUAAAUGGUUCACUACCCCAUUUCUUUGUCCUCGAGCAUAAUCUUUUCUCCCCACCUGCAUUUCCCAAGCGAGCUCUUGCAUUUCUGACCAGUGUUCUGAGGGAGCAAAGAGAAUUAGGGCUUCCUGUCUUGAAGGUGCCAAGUCCUACCACUGCUCUGGUUCCUGACACUGAUGCUGUGAGUCACCCAGUCAGUGGCACAGACAGUAUUGUUGCCUUUGAACGUUCUUUUAAGCAUGUAUAUAUAUGCUUACUGGCUGUUAUUGUGUGUGUAGGAAUUGCAUGUAUAUUUAAAAAAUGAAUGUUUUUUUUUUUUGUAAUGCUCUCUGAAUAUGGAGAGGUAAACAUUGUGCAAUACAAUAUUACUUUAAAAUAAUUUUUUAAUGAAAAGGAUCAUCCGUUGCCAUUUGCUUAAAUUAUUUUGUGUUUUAUCAUAAAUGUACAGGGAAAGCAGCUUUUGUAAACUCUCCUUAUAUGGAGCAUUGUGAACUCUACAAAUAAAUUUAUUUGCAGUGUCAUAUCAUAUUUAACAUAUUUGACAAUAACAUAUUUCAUUUCCAUAUUCUGACAAAUAAAAUUCAUCAGAGAAUUCUGAAAAAAUGUACUCAACUGUUUUAAAUCCUGA